AUUUGUCUCUAUCCAAGACGACAGACAGUGGAGCCAUACGGUUUUGCGUUAUGAGCUGCCAGCACGAAGUGGUCGCCAUUCCGAUCUCCAUUCCUAUUCUGGAGUCAUUAUUCUGGAGCCAUUAUUGUGGGUUAGGAGUUCAUCUAUGGGUAUGGAUAUGCUUUUGCUUCCUCUGCAGGCUACUUUAUGCCAAACUUUACUUUUGGUACUGAUCCAGGCAGUCAGACCAUCGACAGCCACUAUGGGAGACGAGUCGCGCAUAUGGAUUGGAGGUCUGCCGGACACGAUUACAGAGAAGGCCAUCAAGGACGAGUACGACAAGUAUGGGAGCAUCAAGCACAUCCAGAUCCGCUGCAACAGAGGGAGCCCCGCGUUCGCCUUCGUGCAGUACUCGGACCGCCGUGACGCGGAGGACGCCGUGAAAGGGACGGACCAGCAGAAGCUCUUCGGCAUGCCUUUCGUGAAGGUCUCCUGGGCCGGCAAGGGGACGCCGAGAGGCAAAGGCAAGGGCAAGGGCAAGAACCGCUCGCGGUCGCGGGGCCGCCGCUCGGGCAGCAGGUCUCGGUCGCCAAGGAGGUCGCCCUCGAGGCG